CUCUCCUCCUUAGCAGAUGCUUUUGGAAAAUAACCAAAAAAAAAACAAAAAUCUGCAUCUGUCUUCUCUCUUUUAAAAUUUUAAAAUCUUUUUCGUUUUUUCAAUUCGAUAAAUCUUCCGUCAAAACGCCGUUAACCAUGCCUUCUAUCGAAGAUGAGCUGUUUCCGUCAACUCCGGGUAAAUUCAAAAUCGACCGUUCAAACCGUCAGCUCCACCGCUGCUUCGCCUCCACGAGCACCAUGUUCCUCUGGGCUCUCUUCCUCAUCGCCCUCACCGCCUCCUACCUGAGCUUCCAGAGCUUCGUCGACUCCGGCAGCCGCUACCUCACCGCCUCCUGGGGCGGCAUCCAGUGGGAGAAACAAGUCCGAACCUCCGCUCAGAUCCACCGCUCCGGCGGAAUCUCCGUCCUCGUCACCGGCGCCACCGGAUUCGUCGGCAGCCACGUGUCCCUCGCCUUGAGGAAGCGAGGAGACGGCGUCGUCGGGCUCGAUAACUUCAACAACUACUACGAUCCUUCGCUCAAGCGCGCGAGGAGGUCUCUGUUAUCUUCCCGAGGGAUCUUCGUCGUCGAAGGAGAUCUCAACGACGCGAAGCUACUGGCCAAGCUCUUCGACGUCGUCGCCUUCACUCACGUGAUGCACCUCGCCGCUCAGGCCGGGGUUCGAUACGCGCUGGAGAAUCCUCAGUCGUAUGUUCACAGCAACAUCGCCGGACUAGUCAACCUCCUCGAGACCUGCAAAUCGGCGAAUCCUCAGCCGGCGAUCGUCUGGGCUUCCUCGAGCUCGGUGUACGGACUCAACGAGAAAGUUCCCUUCUCGGAAUCGGAUCGAACUGAUCAACCGGCGAGUCUCUACGCGGCGACGAAGAAAGCUGGAGAGGAAAUCACCCACACUUAUAAUCAUAUUUACGGUCUUGCCAUCACCGGUUUAAGAUUCUUCACGGUUUACGGUCCAUGGGGUAGACCGGACAUGGCUUACUUCUCCUUCACGAGGAAUAUUCUCCAAGGUAAACCGAUCACGAUCUACCGAGGGAAAAACCGGGUCGAUUUGGCGAGGGAUUUCACUUACAUCGACGAUAUAGUCAAAGGCUGUUUAGGAUCUCUCGAUUCGUCGGGUAAGAGCACCGGGUCGGGUGGGAAGAAACGCGGAUCCGCACCGUACCGGAUAUUCAAUUUAGGGAACACGUCACCGGUUACGGUUCCGAUUCUGGUGGAUAUAUUGGAGAAGCAUCUCAAGGUGAAGGCGAAGAGGAACUUCGUGGAGAUGCCUGGAAACGGCGACGUUCCGUUCACGCACGCGAAUAUUAGCUCCGCCCGUAAGGAAUUCGGGUAUAAACCGACAACCGAUUUGGAAACCGGGUUGAGAAAGUUCGUUAGAUGGUAUCUUUCUUAUUACGGAUACAAUACUAAAGCCAAGCUUGUACAUUAACGGUGAAUUUUUUUUGUUGUACGAAUUUUUUUUGUUUUUUAAUAUACCCAACAUUAUUAUUAUUA